AUGUCUUCCUCACAUCUCUGUCAAAACCCAAACUUCGACGAACAACGGUGGAUCAUCCACAUUCGCCGAGCCCUGGACGACGACGGCGACGGCGACGAAGAUCUCGAUCAAGAAUCCGGCAAUCCCGUUUCAAUUUUCAAUGUCCCCAAAACCCUAACCCUCGCCAGCCCAGAAUCCUACACCCCGCAGCAAGUAUCGCUCGGCCCGUACCACCAUUGGCGCCCCGAUCUCUACGAAAUGGAGAAAUUCAAAAUCUCCGCCGCGAGGAGAUCGCAGAGGCAGCUCGCCGGCAGCCGUAAAUUCCACGAUUUCGUCGACCGUUUGUCGAAAUUCGAGAUAAAGUUUCGAUCUUGCUACCACAAGUACCUGAAUUUCAACGGCGAAACCCUCGCGUGGAUGAUGGCGGUGGACUCGUGUUUUUUGAUUGAGUUUCUUCAGGUUUUUGCCGCCGCCGGAGAGGGGCGGAAAUCGGGGUGCGAUGCUGUUAUUAGGGAUAUGGUGAUGCUCGAGAAUCAGAUACCCUUGUUUACCUUAAGAAAAAUGGUGGAGUUCCAAUUGGGAUCAGUUGACAGAGCAGAUGAUUUGCUUUACACAAUGCUGAUGGGGUUUUGCAACGAGGUUUCGCCUUUUAAGAUAAAUCGAGAAUCGAUGCCUAAUAAUGUUUCUCGAGUUUUGAAAUGUGCUCAUUUGCUCGAUUUUUUGUACCGUUCGAUUGUCCCAAAAUCGGAGGUAUUGACCGAAAUAGCAGUGGAUGCAGAGAAGGAAGGCGUAAGCGAAUGUGAAAAGAUUAGUUUUCGAAAGAUUAUGAGUUCGAUCAAAAGAUUGGUGAUCUCGAAACCCGUUAAAUUCCUUCUGAUGAUUUCAUGGAAAAUCGUAUCGGUUCUUCCUGGUAUGAUUGUGGUAAAACAGAUCGAAUACUUGUGUUUUUCUCGAGAAAGAGAAGAAACUAACACGGAAAACGAAAACUCGAACAAACAUCCACUAAUGGAGGAAAUCACAAUCCCUUCCGUAACCGAUCUCUCAAUGGCAGGAGUGAGAUUUUCGGUUACGAACGAGGGCAUUUUCGGAAUAAGUUUCGACAGAAAAACGGCUACCUUCAAUCUCCCAACCGUUAGAUUAGACGUGAACACAGAAGUGGUCAUGAGAAACCUCGUGGCCUACGAGGCCUGCAACCACGAAUCAGGGCCGUUGAUUUUCGCGCGGUACACCGAAUUAAUGAACGGGAUUAUCGACACCGAAGAAGACGCAAAAUUGAUGAGGGAACAGGGCAUCGUUUUGAACCAUUUGAAGAGCGAUGAGGACGUGGCUAACUUGUGGAACGGCAUGAGCAAGUCUAUUAGAUUGACGAAAGUGCCCUUCUUGGACGAAGUCAUCGAGGGUGUGAACAGUUACUACGAGGGGCGAUGGAGGGUUAGAAUCGGAAAGCUGUUGAAACGACACGUUUUCGGUUCGUGGCAGUCUAUGACAUUCUUGGCUGCUAUUUUGUUGCUGUCUUUUAUGAGCUUGCAGACGUUUUGCUCGCUGUUUAGCUGCGCUCGUCUCGUUUUUCAUCGUAGAACGAUGAACUGA